AUGGCACGUAUCUUGUGUAGUGAUCCUAUCGACUCUGUGUGCCCCGAACUUUUGCGCGCCGCUGGCCACGACGUCACGACUAAUUGCGCUGCACUCUCGCACGCCGACCUGGUAGCACAAAUACCUGAUUAUGAUGUUCUGAUUGUUCGAUCUGGCUCCAAAGUUGAUCGGAAUGUACUGGACGCAGCGCAAAAAUUACAGAUCAUCGGUCGCGCCGGCACUGGCGUGGACAACAUUGAUAUGGUGAGCGCUACGAAGCAGGGCGUAUUGGUCAUGAACACACCGUUUGGUAAUACAAUAUCAGCAGCUGAGCUGACAGUGGGUCUAAUUACGGCUGUCUCGCGCCUCGGACUUGGCGUUUCUAAUCCAUCCGUCCGCAAGUCCGAGAUUCACGGCAAGACCUUGGGUAUUGUCGGACUUGGUCGUAUUGGCCGCGAAGUUGCUACGCGUUGCAAUGCCUUUGGUAUGAAUGUUAUUGGAUACGACCCCAUUUUAUCGGAUACGAGUGCUAAAGCAUAUGGUAUCGAACCAGUCUCGUUAAAUGAGCUGUUCUCCCGCAGUGACUAUAUUUCUCUUCAUGUACCACUUAACGCCAAUACGAAGCAUUUGGUGAACGCACAGCGAUUGACACUUUGUAAAUCUGGCGUCAAGUUGAUAAAUGGAGCGCGUGCUGGUCUGAUUGACCACGAAGCUUUGUUAGAAGCUAUUGAGAGUAAGAAGAUUGCUGGAGUAGCCUUUGAUAUUCUAGCGCCAAGUCCAGCAUCAGAUGUUUGGAAGAAGCUUGUGAGUCACGAAAAUGUAAUUGUGACACCUCACAUUGGCGCACUCACGACGGACGCUCAGCAGAAAGUCGCGCGUGAUUUGGCGUAUAAGGUUAAUGACGCGCUGGCUGGCAAGUCGUUCGGAGGUGUGCUUAAUGCACCUAAUAUUGAUUUCGGAAAGCGCGUAGAAUUCAUGCCGCUACUGUCACUGGCCGAAAAGCUUGGCAGCAUGCAAGCACAACUUUUGGAUGAAAACCGACUCAAGCGUGUGCUUGUUGUAUCUGAGGGCUCCAAAGUUACGUCGUCGGAGCUUUCGGGACAACUAGUCAACGGAGUGCUAAAAGGAUUGCUUUCGCACAUGUUGGAAGAGGAAGUGACAUUUACGAACGCAAAACACAUUGCUGACAUGAUGGGUAUCCAGACAGUAGAACACAAGCACGACGAGGCCGCAGGGAGCAGCUUUUCUGAUCAACUAACAGUUAUCUUUGAAAAGGAGAACGGCACAUGUAAGAAGAUUACAGGCACUGUAUUCGGCAAGAAUCAGCUUCGCUUUGUGUCGUUUGAUGACCUUCCCAUGGACGCGAUUCCAAGUGGAUCAAUGCUGCUAUUUAACAAUACGGACGAGCCUGGCGUGCUGCACAAGGUUACGUCGGUAUUGGCCAAACACGAGAUCAACAUUGGUUGCUUCGGCUUGGCACGUGAACAAUUGGGUUCGGCUGCUGUCGGUGUACUUAACGUGGAUGAAGCGAUACCAGAUGCUGUGAUGGAGGAAUUGGAAGCCUUAAGCAUGUUGACAAAUCUCCGCCGUGUAAACCUUUUGGAGCUGCGUACGGCUGUAUCUAAAGGCAUUUUGGGACAAUUCCUUCAACCUAGUAGUAACAUCACGGAUGACAUGAGUGGCGACGAUGCAGAUGACGUGGCGAAAGUGUCAAUAGUGCGCCACCCAAAGCCGCGCGUCAAGCCGUCAUCGCCAAAUUUUGGCUCAGGACCUUGCAAGAAGCGUCCAGGAUAUUCCUUAUCUUCGAUCCCUGACAUUGUAUUGGGUCGUAGCCACCGCUCGAAAUUGGGUAAGGGCUUGUUGCAGGAGGCGAUUAUACGUUCCAAAAGUAUUUUAAAGCUUCCAGAGGACUAUCACCUUGGUAUCGUGCCAGCUUCGGAUACUGGUGCUUUUGAGAUGGCGAUGUGGUCCAUGCUUGGCGAACGUCCGGUAGACGUGUGCUACUGGGAGUCAUUUGGUAAGCAGUGGUUUACAGAUGUCACAAGGGAACUCAAAAUCGACAAUGUGAGGGAAUUUGGCGCCCCAUUCGGCCAGCUCCCAGACUUAAGUAAGGUAAACUGUGAUCACGACGUACUGUUUACAUGGAAUGGUACUACCAGUGGCGUGCGAGUGCCUAACGGCGACUGGAUUCCGAACGACCGCAAGGGCCUGAUCUUCAAUGACGCGACUUCGGCUGCGUUUGCCAUGGAAAUGCCAUGGAACAAAAUCGACGUCUGUACGUUCAGCUGGCAGAAGGUUCUUGGUGGUGAAGGCGGUCAUGGUGUUAUUAUUUUAAGCCCCCGGGCUGUCGAACGGCUUGAGUCAUUUGUACCGACGAAUCGCCCGAUCCCCAAAAUAUUUCGCAUGACCGAUGCCAGCACAGGGAAAUUACUGAAAGAAAUUUUUGAAGGUAGCACUAUCAACACGCCUUCAAUGCUGUGUGUAGAAGACUACCUCGAUGCGCUGCGCUGGACAGAUAGCGUUGGCGGCCAAGAUGGUCUCAUAGCGAUUUCGCAGCAAAAUCUUAAGGUUGUUGAGGACUUUGCAGUCGAAAAUUCGCGAUGGUUUAAGUUUCUUGCAGCUGACAAGGCAAUCCGCUCGAAUACGUCUGUGUGUAUUCAAAUAGACGGCUUUUCCAAAGAUGAAGUAAAACAAAUGCAGACGUUAUUAGAGCGUGAGCAGGUGGCAUACGACAUUGGUUCUUACCGUGACGCACCUCCUGGUUUGCGUAUCUGGUGUGGUGCUACAGUCGAGACAAAGGACAUAAAAGCUUUGCUGCCAUGGAUUAAGUGGGCGUAUCUCGAAGUCAAGAGCGGUCGGGACUCCAUAAGCAAAUAG